GCUCCUGGCAGUGGUCUCUUCUGGCCUAUGCCUUGCGCAGGCCUUCGCAGCAUCUUCCUUUCCGAAUAGAACUGUGGCGGUGUCACGCCAAGCUGAGAAUGACAAAGUCGAGGUGAUCCAAAACGUGGCACUAGGAGCAGCCUUUGCUUCAACCUACCUCGCACCGAAAGGCGAUUCUGGCCUUGCCGCGAUUCUGGCAACAACCGAUCAGAUCGGUCUCGUACUUCUGUUCGCUGGCGUGGUGAUCUCCCUGGGUGUGUACAUCCGGCUCAACAUAUGGGGGGAGAUCGAGAUGACAUACUCGAAAGCUUUGAUGGACAAUGCCAUGAAGAUCCCAAACAAGAUGGUCGACGACGCCUCUGACCUCGCUGAGAAGCUGUUCGCCUUCAUUGUCGGCUUCAUUAUCGCGAUUACUCUAGGAGUUCUGUCCUUCACCAUUGGCGUCAUCAUAGAUGUGGUGGUCGGUCUUCUACCCACACUGGCUGUUUUGGUGCUUGUGGGCCUGGCCUUGGGGAACUACGCCCUGAGUAAACUGCCAGCAUCGGUGACGGCUCUGGCGGCACCGAUCCUGGGCCGGGCCGGUUUCUUUCUUGGCAUUUACGGCCUCCUGCGCGUAAUUCGGUUCUUGCUUUCCCAGAGGUCAGAGGACGACGGUGAGAGUGCUGAUUAA